AUGGCCUUGACAAUUCCUGACACGGAAGCACCACCCUGCCAGGGCGUGAAGCAUGCGUCGAACAUGAAGCCAGACAUGAUCUUGUAUGGCGCUGUCAUGAGCGCCUGCCUCUUGGCAGCGCCCAGCAUGGGAGACCUUGUCAGCGCUAUCUCAAACCUGCCCUUUGAGAAAGUUGCCGAGGAGUUUGCUCACAGUUGCGAGAAAGCCCGGCAGUGGCGCCGGGCUUUGGCUGCUUUUGCAGAGGCAGCAGAUCGAGGACUGGAGCCGGGGCUCGUGGCCACAAGCAUCGCCAUCACAGCCUAUGGGCGUGGUGCCCUGUGGGAGAAGUCCAUACAGACGCUCAGGCAACUUUCCGACAAUGGCCUGCAGCCAAAUGUGGUCACUUACAACGCGACCAUAAGUGCCUGCGAAAGAGGCCAGCAGUCGAGACCAGCUCUGGCACUUCUUUGUGAGAUGCCAGAAGCAGAGGUCCCACCUGACCUGAUAUCCUACAACGCUGCCAUCAACGCGUGUGAGAAGGCGAGCGACUGGCAAGCUGCCUUGGAGGUUUUCUUGGCAACGCCCCGCGAGCUACCAAAUGAGAUCACCUACAAUACGGCCAUCAGCGCAUGCCACAAGGGCUCUCAUUGGCAAGGUUCAGUGGCGCUGUUCAAGACGAUGGAAGCCCGAGCUUUGGCUCCCAAUGUCAUCACUCACAGUGCAACAAUGGCAUCUUGUCUACGAGGAGAUGCCUGGCAGAAGGCCCUGGAGCUGUAUGGUCAACUGCCGCUUGCUGAGCGCGAAGGCAAUCCGAUUAUGGUCGGGCUGAUGCUCCAGGCACUCGGAGCGGCUAAGGCCUGGGAGGAGGCCCUGGCACACCUGCAGAGGCUUGCAAAGCCUGGGUCGCGUGCCGUCGAUGCGCUGUGCUUUACAGCUGCAGUGAGGACCUGUGGCGCUUGCGGGCCAUGGGAAUGGGCCGUGUUCCUGCUGGACAAAAUGCAGGGCCACGGCUUUCUGCCCGAUGUCGUUACAGCCACCUUGGUUCUCAGCGCCUGCCGGCAAGCUGGGCAAUGGCAAGCUGCACUUCGCAUCUUAAGAGAGACGAUGCCGUCACUUGGUAUCGAGCCGGGCACCUCAAGCAUCAGGAAUGUGUUGGGUGCCUGCUUCGAGGCCAAUCAGCUCGACGUCGGCUUGGAGUUGCUGAAGGAGUCACCGCUGCUGAGGGCCCCCAGGCGUGGCCAGAAGCUGCCGCUAGCGGCUGUUCUUAUACAGGCCCAGCUGUUGCUAGGGUUGCGGACACAGAUCCUGAUUCAAGCGCCCCGGCUUGUCACAAACUUUAUGGCAUUCAUGGUAAAACUAAACGGGAAGUGCAAGUUUCUUCAAGAAGUGAAUCAGCCCAGGAUUCUGCGGAAUGCAGCCACGCGUUGCGGCACGUGGCCUCCGCGCAGAUGUGGCAGGAGGCGCUCUGGCUCACAGGGCACAUGCUGGAACAUGGCCUCGAGCUGA